GAAAUACGUCGAGAGUUACGACGCCGGCGAACAAUUUAUUUCAAUUAUCAUGAGUAAGCUCACUAGACAAGCUGUGUGUUAUCGCUUUGUGUAGAGGAAUAUUUGAACUAUAUAAUUUGUCGAUAGGAGGUCAUAAACGAGUGUCGUGUAUCAAAUAAUGGUUUGGGAUGGAACAUUAGUGACAUCUCGCCUUGCAACCUUGGUUAUGGUUACGAGAAAAAGUGUAUUUUGAAAAUAUAUCCAAGUGUUUUCUUCUGGAAAACGUUUGUGGGAUAUUUAAUAUACUGUGCAGUGGUGGUUUUACGCUGUGUUUCGUUAAAUCGGUGUUAUGUCGGGAGGAAGAAGUAUCGACAAGGAGCGCAAGUCGCCCAGAGAAAGCGGUGAGGACUCCGAGGAUGAGAGCGAAAUUCUUGAGGAGAGUCCCUGCGGCCGCUGGCUCAAACGCCGUGAAGAGGUGGAACAGCGCGACGUGCCGGGCAUCGACUGCGCACACCUCGCCAUGGACACCGAGGAGGGCGUAGAGGUCGUGUGGAACGAGGUGCAGUUCUCCGAGCGGAAGAACUUUAAAGCGCAGGAGGACAAGAUUCAACUCGUGUUCGAUAACCUCACACGGCUCGAGCAUCCCAACAUUGUCAAGUUCCACCGCUACUGGACCGACACGCACAACGACAAGCCCAGAGUGAUAUUCAUAACGGAAUACAUGUCGUGCGGUUCACUGAAGCAGUUCCUGAAGCGCACCAAGCGCAACGUGAAGCGGUUGCCGCUGCAGGCCUGGAAGCGCUGGUGCACGCAGAUCCUCUCCGCACUCAGUUACCUUCACGGCUGCGUGCCGCCCAUCGUGCACGGCAACCUGACCUGCGACACCAUCUUCAUCCAGCACAACGGCCUCGUGAAAAUCGGCUCCGUGGCUCCCGACGCCAUCCACCACCACGUGAAGACCUGUCGCGAGAACAUGCGCAACAUGCACCUCAUCGCGCCAGAGUACGGAUCAUCGCAAAUGGUGACGCCCGCAAUGGAUAUCUACUCAUUCGGAAUGUGCGCGCUGGAGACCGCCGCUCUUGAAAUUCAGGGCAACGGCGACUCGGGCAGCCACGUUACGGAGGAGCACAUCGUAAGGACGGUCGAGUCGUUGGAGGAGCCGAGACAGAAGGACUUCAUAUACAGGUGUAUAAAUAAGGAUCCAGCAAAAAGGCCGACGGCGAGGGAACUUCUCUUCCACCCCCUGCUCUUCGAGGUCCAUUCCCUGAAAUUAUUAGCGGCGCACACGCUCGUGAACACCACUGCCAACAUCUCGGAGACUAUAACGGACGAGGUGGUGUGCGGGGCGGGAGGUGCGGGGGGCGGGGCGCUGGCCUGGUGCGUGCGCGCCGGACAGCGCUGCGAGCUCGCCGCGCGGGACCUGCAGCCGCACGCCGAGAAGCUCGAGAAGUUCGUCGAGGACGUCAAGUACGGCAUCUACCCGCUGACGGCCUACGCGUGGGGCGCGGGGCGCGCCGCCUCCCCGUGCGAGCGCGCCGCAGAGAGCGCGCCCGCCUCGCCCGAGCCCCGCGACCUCGAGACCCGCCGCGUCGUCAACAUGAUGUGCAGCCUCAAGCCGCGCGCGCACCACGACGCGCACGACCUCCUGAUGACGAUCCUGCUGCGCAUGGACGACAAGAUGAACCGGCAGCUGACAUGCGCCGUCUCGCGCCGGGACUCCGCGCCCGCACUCGCCCACGAGCUCGUGCAGCUCGGCUUCAUACACGAGGCGGACCGCGACAAGCUGUGUCGGCUGAUAGAGGAGUCUCUGCGCGGUAGCUUCGGACAGUGCGCCCCCCCGCCCCGCGCACACCAGGUCGCCAGCUAGUACGCCCGCGCCCGCUCCCCGCCCGCACGCCCCCGCCGCGCCCACAGCAGCGCCCACAGCUGCGUCCACAGCAGUGGCCAAAGCAGCGCCCACAGCAGCGCCCACAGCCGCGCCCACAGCCGCGCCCACACCUGCGCCCACAGCCGCUCGCUUCAUACUGACCUAGUUAUAUUAUGUUGCGACAAACGUGUCGUGUUACAAUUCUGCACGUAAAAAAUGUAACAUUAGUUGUAGCAAUGUCCUUCACUUACAAUACAAUCUAAUAAAGGUGAAACUGGUUAACGAGAACGUGGUGCCGCCAUGUCUCCUGCUCUUUUCUUAACAGAAAACAUUGUAAGCUGAUUAAAAACAUCAUUUAGUCAUUUCCAAAUCGCUUAAACAAAUAACAUUACAAAUGUUCAAUUUAAGCUACAGUUUAAGUAAAAGUUUGAUAGACCGGUACCAGCAGACAACUAUUCGCUUUGUCACUUAUCUUAACUUGUACGUAAUUUGAAGUUGUCACACACACCGGCUCACUGUUCACAAUGUUACUGGUGAAGAUGUUCUACUAGACAACUUCUGACGUGGAGUUGACAAGACAAACUUUUACAUUCACUUAAAUGGUUAAUGUUUUGACUUACCACAAAUAUUACGUAUUUCGUUUUGAAGUUAACUUGUAAACUAUAUUAUCUACUAGACUUAACGCAUCUAGAUAAAAGAAUACCUUGUGUACACUAGUGGCUGACAUGUGCGCCAGUGGCUGACAUGUGCGCCAGUGGCUGACAUGUGCGCCAGUGGCU